ACGGAGAGGGAGCAAUAGGUUGGUGGUUUAGCGAGAAAGAAAGCAGGGCGCGACCCAAUGAGCUAAGUUGGUGCAGACUCUUAAGAGUUGGAACUUGGAAUGGAUAUGUUAUUAAAAUAAGCUGGAUUUGUGAUUGUGGGUUUGGAAGAGAGGAAAGAGAAUGGGAAAUGCUAACGGCAGAGAAGAGGAGGAGGAGGAACAGGAGAUCCAAGAUGAGACAUCUGACGCCGUCGUCGUCAAUGGCCAACUUGAUAUUGCCAUCUUCUCUCCCCAGGUUCCUGUAGCUCCGCUUCAAGGGGGUGACGGCAUACUCGUAUUUCCUCAAAUGUGGACGAGUGAAUUUCAAGAUGUUGAUCACCCUCCUGAACAAGGGAUACCCACCAUGAUUACAUGGAUGUAUGGUGGGAACAACUUGGCUGUGGAGGGUUCUUGGGACAAUUGGAAAUCUAGGAAAGCACUACAGAGAUCUGGUAAGGAUCAUUCAGUUCUUUUGGUCUUGCCAUCUGGCAUAUACCGGUACAAGUUCAUUGUUGAUGGUGAACCAAGAUAUAUCCCUGAUCUUCCAUUCAUAGCUGAUGAAAUGGGCCAUGUUUGUAAUCUUCUCGAUGUUCAUGACUAUGUGCCAGAAAACUUGGAGAGUGUGGCUGAGUUCGAGGCUCCGGCCUCCCCAGAAUCCAGCUAUGAUCAAGCAUUUCCAGCUGAGGAAGAUCUUUCAAAGGAACCAGUGCUUAUUCCGCCACAGCUGCAACUAACUGUCCUUGGCAUGGAGGAUUCAAAUGUAGAUUCUCCAAAACCUCGACAUGUUGUACUGAACCACCUUUUUAUAGAAAAAGGAUGGGCUUCGCAAUCAAUGGUUUCCCUGGGUCUAACUCACAGGUUUGAGUCUAAAUAUGUGACUGUUGUCCUAUAUAAAUCACUUAAAAGGUAAAUCUACCACGCUAUUAACUUGCCACUGUAAAGAAUACUUGCUUCCAAAAAUCUCACACUUGUUUUGUGAAGAGUUCUGAUGUUUCGUUAUGUGAUCAUGCUGAUGAAAUUGUUUGUUUUGAGUUUUUUGGUUAAUGGAAUAUUCCCUUCUC